AUGGAAGCAGCAAGACGAGCUCUGUGCGGAGAUGAUCCAUUUAAUCCGCUUAUUACAAUCUCCACGCAGGCUGCUGGCAUUCUUGUCAUCUCUCAUUGCUUCCACCUUUUCUUGAAACAAUUCGGACAACCAGGGCCAGUAGCACAAAUAUUGGCCGGAAUUGUGCUAGGUCCGUCGUUGUUGUCCCGCAUCGACAAAGUUAAUGAAUUCUUUAUUCAGCCGUCUACUGGAGAUUAUUAUGAAGUUUUUCAAUCCAUUUUCCGCACAAUUUUUAUGUUCUUGAUAGGUCUGCAGAUGGAUAUUCCUUACAUGAGACGUAACUUGCGAAAAGCUAGCAUUAUUGCAUUUGGUGGGGUGACAAUAGGUGCCUUGUUUGGUGUUGCUGCAUUCAUUUCCCUCGUCAUUUUAUUCAAAAUAAAAGCCAAACGUUUAAAUUUUUCCACCAUCAUCAUAACACUCUUAGCAAACUCCGCCUCUCCGGUGGUUUUUCAGUUGGCGGCUGAACUGAAGUUUCUAACUUCAGAUACAGGAAGAUUGGCAGUCUGUGCUUCAUUAAUCGCUGAAAUGUCUUGCGUUCUAUGGAGGCCUAUAGUUCAUACAUACUAUUUGAAAAUCGGUUUUGGGAUUCUAUUCCUUGUAAUUACCGUGGCACUUAUAGUCGUAAACAAGUAUUUGGCUUUCUGGUGCAACCAGAGGAUCCGGAACCAAAAAUAUGUGACAAACGCAGAGUUCUUACUCUUCUUGUCCCUUUUAGUAACUGCCGCUCUUGUUAUUGAAAAAUUUUGCUACAACAGUAUAAUAUCUUGCUUUUUAUUCGGCUUAAUGUUCCCCAGGGAAGGAAAAACUACCCGGACAUUGUUGCAUAAACUAAGUUAUGCUACGUACAACUUCAUACUUCCAGUUUACUUUGGCUACAUAGGUUUUCAGCUUGAUGUUUCUUACAUGGGUAGUUUAAUACCUUUCGUCACGGUUAUCGUCAUGAUUUUAAUGUCCAUUGCAAGUAAAAUUAUUGGCACACUAGUUGCUUGCCAUUACCUCAAGAUCCCAACAGACGAGGGCAUUGUACUUGGCUUUUUACUAGAUUUGAAGGGAAAUGCCGAGCUUCAGAUCCUGAGAAAGCUGUCAAAGGAAACUUUGGUUCCGUGGGAGGAAAAUGUUCACAAUCUGGUGGUGACUGUAGUGGUGAUUAAUACGGUGAUAGCAGGAGUGGUAGUGGCUUAUAUAUUAAGGCAAAAAGAAGAGUAUUUCUCUCACAGACAUACCUCCCUUGAAUUAGGUGAACCGGAGAGGGAACUUCGAAUGCUGGUUUGUGUCUAUGGAUCUCGGCAUAUAUCAUCGAAAAUUGCGUUAAUCUCUGCUUUUAGCGAAUCCCUAAAAACACCCGUCACAGCUUACUUGAUGCACCUAGUUGAGCUCCCAAAGAAACGCACCAAGAAGAACUUGAUGUACCACCAGCUACAAGAUGGUGAUCAAUAUAGUGACAAGGAGGACUAUGGCGGAGAUGACGUUGUGGAGAUCAAUGAUGCCGUGGAUGCAUAUACCAUGGAGACCAAAGUUCUGAUCCACCAAAAGAAAGUUGUGUCUUCCUUUGAGAAAUUGCAUGAGGAUGUGUGUGAUUACAUCGAGGACUUGCGUAUUUCGAUCAUAUUUCUCACUUUUCACAAGCACCAGCGCCUUGAUGGGAAAAUGGAGAGUGGAAAGGACGGAAUGAGAACCACCAACCAUAAGGUUCUGCGACAUGCGCCGUGCUCAGUAGGGAUCUUUGUGGAUCGAGGGCAGACAGGGUUUCAACAACCUAGCCCCCAAUCUGUGCAAAAUAUAGCUACAUUGUUUUUUGGAGGUCCUGACGAUCGCGAGGCGUUAGGGUGUAGCAAAAGGAUUGCAGCCCAUCCUCACAUUCAUUUGACACUCAUCCACUUCCAACAUUCACCAUCAAGCGAACAGAUAGAGUACAGUAAUGGCACCCUCCGCCGGAAUGAUGAGAUAGUGAUGGAAAUGUCAAAUCACGAGAUUGAGGCAGAGAUUGACAAGGCUUUUGUGCAGGAUUUCUAUAACGGAUAUGUGACGUCAGGUCAAGUUGGAUAUGUGGGGAAGCAUGUGCAAAAUGGGAUGCAAACCGUAGAGGCUUUAAGAGACAUACAUGAUACUUAUUCAUUGCUCAUAGUAGGGAAGGGUGGUAGAGGACACUCAGCUUUGACAACUGGUUUGAGUGACUGGGAGGAGUGUCCGGAGCUGGGGACAGUUGGGGAUCUUCUGACUUCCUCAGAACUUAACAUCACUGGUUCUGUUUUGGUCAUUCAACAAUAUCGGCAUUCCAGAAACGACCUUAAUUAG